AUGCUGACAUUCUUGUUGCUUCUUCUCACAAGGUUAGGAUACUGCCUUAUGUACUGUAACCUAGCCUUACGAGCAAGGAAAGUAUAUGAAGCAAAGAAUAAACAUGCCUCAGAUGUGUGGGCCUACAGCCUACAGGCGUCGGAUUCUUAUAUGGAAAGAGAGAGUGAUCUCUUGUCCCCCAUGCCUCCAUUUCUAGGUGGUGGUGAAAUGAUAUCUGAUGUAUUCCUAGAUCAUAUCACCUAUGCAGAACCUCCAUCUAGGUUGGUGGAAGCUGUGAACAAGAUCAUCAAGAAAACUCUAAAAACUAAGCUUGACAAAGCUAAGGGUUGCUGGCCGGAGCUACUCCCAGAAGUUCUCUGGUCUUAUCGCACCACCUUCCGGACCUCAACAGGAGAAACACCUUUCUCUCUCUCCUUUGGUACCGAAGCAGUGGCACCAGUGGAGAUUGGCCAGCCCACAUACCGCACCUCCACCUAUGAGGCCGAGGCCAAUGACGAGCAGCUAGCCCUGAACCUCGACUUCAUUGACGAGCUUCGUGACCAAUCCAACAUGCGCAAUGUCGCGUACAAACAGCGCAUCGCUAAGUACUACGACUCCCGAGUCAAAGCCCGUGCUUUCAAACUUGGGGACUGGGUCAUGCGCAAGGUUUCCUUGGCCACCAAGAAUCCCACUGAAGGUACCUUGGGCCCAACAUGGGAAGGUCCUUAUGAGGUUACCAAAGUCUGCCGCCCCGGCACUUAUCAGCUUCGUGACACCAAGGGCAAGACCUUGCCUCAUCCUUGGAAUGCUGAUCACCUCAAGUACUACUAUAAGUAA